AUGACAGAAACACGAAACACAUUCCAUGAUAAUUUCAAUAAGGCAAUCUCUUCUCCCGAGAUUCAACAGAUUUGCAUGUCUUCUCCGUAUCUCAUGAAUGAGCUACUGGCCCUCAGUGCCCUACAUCUGAGCGCCUUGCAUCCAGCAGAGCGAGAGUUUUAUCGUCACCACGCAGCACAACUCCAAACGCACGCAUUAACAAUCCUCAACGGUAUGAAGCUCGAAGUAAACCAGGAGACAUGCAUUCCGCUCUUUUUGUUUGCCGGUCUUCUUAAUGUGCACCUCCUUUACGACGUAUUAAUCAACAAAGACCAAGAUUUCGAUCACUUCUUGGACCAACUGGUGAGCAGUUUUCGACUACACCGGGGGAUCCGUGCAAUCACCACGGAUUCAUGGGGCAUGCUUCGAGAGUCCCCAUUGAAGCCACUCAUUCUGGAUGGUGAAAAACGGUUUUCAAAGAUUACAGGACUUGACCCCGAAUGCGCCAGGCUCUUAGCCCUCAUCAAGGCGGCUAAACUAGGCCCCUCUAUCACCAAUACUUAUAAGCAAGCGAUAGAAUCGUUGCAACACGCGAUAGUUUCAUGCUCGUAUGGGACGCCAGGCGCUGGCAUCUCAGAGAUUACUGCCUGGCCGAUAUUGGUUUCUCCGGAAUAUAUUGAUCUCCUCUCGAUGCGAUGCCCUGAGGCUCUUGCGGUACUGGCGUAUUAUGCCGCUUGCCUUCAUACACGGCGCGACGUAUGGGGGUUUGGAGACGGUGGGCGAUUUUUGAUUGAAUCCAUCAUCACGUACCUGGGACCAAACUGGGCUGAGUGGCUGGAUUGGCCAGCCCGAGCUUUGGGCAAUCAUCAUCAGAGCUCGCAACGAGUUAAAAUUUCAAAUCAAAGCAAUUGA